AUGUGCUGGAAGACCCUGCUGCUCCUGCUGCUGUGUUACGAUGCGCAGGCGACGGUGCCCCCCAGGUGGAGCAGGGCCGUGCUCUUCCCCGCUGCCCAUCGGCCGAAGAGAUCCUCCUCAAUGCCCUUGAACCCCGUCCUGCAGAGCUCCCUGGAGGAAGUAGAACUGCUCUACGAGUUCCUGCUGGCUGAGCUGGAGAUCAGCCCUGACCUGGAGAUCUCCAUCAAAGAUGAGGAGCUCGCCUCCUUGCGGAAGGCCUCGGACUUCCGCACCGUCUGCAAUGACGUGAUCCCCAAGCGCAUCCCCGACAUCCGCCGGCUGAGCGCCAGCCUCUCCAGCCACCCCGGCGUCCUCAAGAAAGAAGACUUUGAAAGGACAGCACUCACCUUGGCCUACACGGCCUACCGCACGGCCCUGGCCCAGGGGCAUCAGAAGGACAUCUGGGCCCAGUCCCUCCUCAGCCUUUUCCAGGCCCUGAGGCAAGACCUGGCGCGGUCCUCAGGCUCCAGACUGUCUCCCUGAGCGGCUGGCCGGCACCAGGACUGCGGAGCAGCGCCCGGCACACACUGUAAUCCAGAAAUUCUUCAUUCUCCACCCCAUUCACAGAGACCAGCAACAAAACACACCUCUCCAACUGAGAGCAGCAGAGAUAAAAUAAUGAAGCCCCUUGCUGUUUACCCAUUGCGGCUUCCUGACAAGAGCAUCUGGCUCAUGUCAUAAUGUGACCCCGGGCAGGAAGAAAGGGCUGGUGGUCAUUCAGGGCAACUCCAGAGGCCGAACGGUUGGCCUGGUGACAGAGUCUAAGGUACACGCCAACACUGAAUGGCUGCCACAAACAUGCAAGAGGGAGGACAGAUCUGGUGGAAAUAUCGUAGAGGCUUAAGCACGGUGGGAAGUCGGGGAACAGAUUUCUUUGGU